AUGUCCCUCUCCUCCUCCGUCCGCGACCCCCUCUUUCACGGUUCACCUCCUUUCGCGUGCUUCCCCUCUCCCCCCCCCCCCUUUGAGGCGCGUGUGAGUUCUACCGGCGCGGAGUCUGCUCCUACAGCGACUGCACUACCUAAGGUUCUUCCCCCCUCCUCCCCCCCCCCUUCCUUGCAUCUCCCCGCCCCUUCCCCUCCUUCAGGCGUGCGUGUGUGUUCUACCAGCGUGGAGUCUGCUCCUACAGCGACUGCACUACCUAAGCGUGGCGUCUGCUCCUACGGGGACCGCUGCCGCUACGACCAUGUCAAGCCGAAACCCUCCUCCUCUGCCGCCCCCGCUCCACCACCCGCCACUGUCCCACCCACACAACCAACUUUUGCACCCAGUCUCCCCUCUGUUUCCCCUGCCCGCGCUGCUGGCACUGCUAGAGCAGCUUCCAGUCCUGCUGCUGAUGCCCUCUCCUCGUCCUCCUGGCCUUCCCUUCAGCCCCAAACCUCUGCCUCUUCUGCUCCUGCUGGCAGCUCUAAUGCUGUUUCAAAUGCACCCGCAAGACCUCAGUACCCCGCCAGUGCUUCCCCAUACUCCGCCAGAGGAUCCCCAUACCCAUCCGCACCUCCUCCCACCACUACAACACCUCUUCAGCACUCACCCGCGAUUUUCGAACGAGAUGCGUCGGGGAGCUCGUUGGACGGUCCGGAUUGGCUGCCGCGAUCUGCGAGCGAUCUGUUCGACGAGGGGCUCCCAGUGAUGCGCAUGAGUAGCGGUGGAGGGGGGGAGGGUGGGGCGAACCAGAGAGGCAAUACAGCUGUAUUGGCGUUUGUAGAGAGAGAACAAGGGGGCAUAACAGGAGCCGGGGGUGGGGGAAUGCACAUGGGAGGGUCAGUUUUAGGGAUAGCGGGGGUGGGGGGAGCAGGGGUGGCAGGAGAGGCGGGGAAGUCGGGUUUAGAGUGGCAAGGGCCCCAGCAGGAGAGUGGCCCGUUUGGGGAGGAAGACUUGGGUUUUGAGUGUGAGGUAGAGGAGCCCCAGCAGCAGGGCGUGUGGGCGGAAGGUGGGGCGGGGUUCGCGAGUGAGGAGGAGUUUGAGGAUUUUGUGAGGGAGGCGAGUGACUUCUCUGCUCAGGCAGCUGCUCUGAGAAUAGGGCUCAUUGCUCUUAUGGAUGAGGAGAGCCCUUCUGCUGCCUCUGCUGCUGCUUCGUCUGCUGCUGCUGGUGCUGCUGCUGGUGCUGCUUCUGCUGCUGCCACUUCGGGCCCUGAAACCACAGCAGCGGCUUCAGCACCUAUACCUCCUGCUUUUGCAGCAGGCAAAGCAGCAGCGGCAGCUUUAGCUCCUGCCGCCGCAACUUCAGCUCCUGCAGCCUCUGUAGCGCGUGUGGCAGCUGCUGCUGGGGGAGAGCGCCCUGUAGUACCUACGCAAGUGCUGGACCCACUAGGCAAGCCUGCUGCAGGGCGGUUCUCUGGUGAAUACACUGGCUACGAUGAUCCUGGUGGUUACAGUGCCUAUAGUGCCUAUGGUGGAUAUGGGGGCUAUGGCAGUGGAUACGGUGCUAGUAAUACUGCUAACGCUGCUAACGCUGCUAACGCUGCUAACGGUGCUAACGGUGCUGCUUCUGCCAAUGGUGGCGAUGAUGGGAGCAGCAGCAGCAGCGGGUAUGCUGCCUCCUCGUUGGCUGACAGCCUCCACCCCGUGACCGAGAGGCCUGACAGACCUGACAGGCUUGACAAACCUGACACGCCGCUCUGCACGCUGCCUCGGGUGGAGGGUGCUUCAGGCGCCUGCUGUGCUCGUGGCCCCUCCUGCCCCUUCCCCCACGGGGACCUCUGCCCCCACUGCGGUCGCUACUGCCUGCACCCUGCUCGCCCCACCGAGCGGGAGGAGCACAUGAAGGAAUGUUUGCGGCUGCAGAGAAAAGUUCAGGCGCUGAAGCUGAGUUCCGAGAUCGAGUGCAGCGUGUGCCUGGAGCGUGUGCUGGGGAAGGCCCGGCCUGCCGAUCGCAAGUUUGGCAUUCUCUCCCACUGCGACCACCCGUUCUGUGUGGCGUGCAUUCGCAACUGGCGGGCUGCCGGGCAGGAGAGUGGCGAGUCGGUCCCAUUAGACCUGGACAACGCAGUGAGGGCGUGCCCCCUGUGCCGUGUGCGAUCACACUUUGUCACUCCCAGUGUGGUGUGGUUCUUCAGCGAGGAGGAGAAGCAGACGAUCAUUGAAGGAUACAAGAGAAAGCUAAAGAACACUGAUUGCCGCUACUUCAACUACGGCAAUGGCCAGUGCCCCUUCGGCACCAGCUGUUUCUACAAGCACGCAUACCGGGACGGGCGGUUGGAGGAGGUGAAAUUGCGGCACCUGUCUUCCGCUGAUGGGAGCGCUGUCAUUUCAAGAGACAUCAGGUGUAUCAUUGGCCCACACAACCUGAAGCUGUACAGUGCAAAGCGCAAGUCGGAGGACAACUUCCAGUUCCGGUCCAUGUACUCGGGCGACUACAGCUUCUGCAUGGACAACACGGACCACAUGGCUGCCACCGUGCAGCUCAGCUACCACAUCGGACACAAACCACACACCCAUGAGGUGGCCAAAGAUGAGCACAUGCAGGGAGACCCUGGUCAGGUGGAGUCAAUUCGUUCCGGUCUGCGCGGAGUCCACAAUAUCGCAGGCGUGGCGGUUCUGUUCGAAAUCGGGCGCGCUGACCGUCACAGCGCGCGCCUACAGCUUCCCCCUCCGUUUGCCCAUUUCCCCUUUUCCCCGUACCCCGAGCAGUGCGCAAUAGAGCGCGCAUGCGCCGCCAAUGCGCGCGGCCUAAAGCUUCCCAAUUUCCGCCCUUCCCUCCUACGCCGUACAUUCCGGCCUAUUGCGGGCGUGGCGGUACUAGUCGCGAUACAGCACGCGCUAUCACAGCACGCGAUACUGCCACUGCGCGCGCCAUUCCCCCUACGCCUUGCAGUGCGCUCUAUCGCAGGCGUGGCGGUACUGUUCGCGAUGGCGCACGCGCUCGCCGCCACUGCGCGCACCGACAGCCUCUCCCUCCGCUUCCCCAUUUUCCCCUUCCCCCCUCCUCUUCCGCGUUUCCCCAUUCCCCUAACGCCUUGCAGUGCGCUCUAUUGCGGAGUGGCGGUACUGUUUGCGAUAGAGCGCGCGCUCGCCGCCAAUGCGCGCGCCGACAGCCUCCCCCUCCGCUUCCCCAUUUUCCCCUUCCCGCCUCGUCUUCCCCGUUUCCCCUGCGCUCUAUCGCAGGCGUGGCGUGCGCUCUAUUGCGGAGUGGCGGUACUGUUUGCGAUAGAGCGCGCGCUCGCCGCCACUGCGCGCGCCGACAGCCUCCCCCUCCGCUUCCCCAUUUUCCCCUUCCCGCCUCCUCUUCCCCUGCGCUCUAUUGCUGGCGUGGCGGUACUGUUCGCGAUGGAGCGCGCGCUCGCCGCCACUGCGCGCACCUACAGCUUCCCCGUGCCCGCGCCCGUGCUGAUGCUGGCGGGAAUCGGCGCGCUUAUGGCGACCGGGCUUAAAGAGGCGGAGAUGGUGUACGAUUGGUGCUACCCAGCCAUCUCGUUCUUCGACCAAUGGAUGCCGCUCUUCUUCGUCCCCUCCGUGGCAUCUAUCGCUCUCGCCCCUCUACCCACCGGACUCGCCCUAACCAAGUCCAUCGCGCUCCUCCUCUCCUCCUACCUCCUCACUCUCUUCCUCUCCGCCCUCGUAGCCCGCUCUAUAGGCCAACUACUCGACUCAUGGGGGUCAUUUGCUAGCAGCCUGGCGGAAGGGAAGGGGAGGGGGGGGAAGCGGAAAAGGGGGCCUGCGGGGGACGGGAGCAUGAGCGAUGGAGAGAAGGUGGAGCGGAUAGGGGACGCUGCGCGCAUGUGGGGGAAGCAGGCCGCGCAGAAGGGCGCCAAGGCGCUGGCGCAGGCUGCUAUUGGCGCGGGGGAGAAGGAUGUGGCGCAGUUGGCAGUGAAAGCAGCUAAAGCGCUCGACAAGGUGGCAGACAGCAUCAAGACGCCAGUCAGACAAAAGCUGCCGCCGCUCCCCCUCUCCUCCGCCAAGUACCUUUACCUCGCUGCGGCCCUCAUGCUCUCGCCCGCGCUCCUCACUCCCGUCCCCACUGCCCAAAUGGCAGCGCCGGGCCUUCUCCUCCUCUCUAUCGCCGUCUUUCAGUCCGCCAAAACCCUGCCUGCCAACAUCCGCUCGCUGCUGGUCCCCACAGUAGCAGCAGGGGGAGUGAUGACGUCUCUCAUGGCCAUGUAUGGCUCAUACGCCCUCAACAACUGGCAGGCAGGCAUCCGGCUCUACUCCCAAGGGGCAGGUGCCUUUCUUGUGGCUCUGAUCGGACCUGCAGUGGGGGCGUUGGGCUUUAAGGUAUUCACAGAGAAGUCGCUGCUCAAGAGAUACGCGCUUGACAUUGCUGCCACGUGUGCAGUCAUGGUGCCAAUUCAGUUCAUGGUGACAGCGCUGAUGGGAAGGCUGCUCAUGGCGCCCCCCAUCGUCAUCAACUCGCUCAUCCCUUCACACACCACCCUAGGUCUGGCCAUCGAGAUGGUGCCGCUCCUCUCUGCCAGCACUGGGCUUGUGGUGGCGGGUGUGACUAUAGCGGGCACCACCGGUAUUAGCACGGCCAGAACCCUCCUUGAUCAGUGGAAGGUGCGGGACGCCAUUCACAGGGGUCUGGCAGUCGGCAUUGCCUCGCACUCCCUCGGCACAUCUGCUCUGGUUGCUGAGGAGCCCCGCUCUGCUGCAGGUAGGAGUGGGGCAGGUACCGUAGGAGUGGGGCAGGUAGAAGUGGGGCAGGUAGGAGUGGGGCAUGUAGGGGUGGGGCGGCUUUUGACUGGUGCAGGUAUGGACUGGUGCAGGCCUGGCCUGCCUGCCUGCCUGCCUGCUCUCAUCCUCAUCACCACCCCUGCCUGCUCUCAUCCUCAUCACCACCCCUGCCUGUUCUCUCUUCUCUCUUUCAUGCCACUAAUCCCUGUCUCCGUUGCCCUUUCCCCAUCUCACCCCCCAUCCCUUCCCCCUUCUCUUCCCCCCUCCCCCCAUGCAGUGGUGGGUGCUGGUGCGGUGGAGGUGGGUGCUGGUGCGGUGGAGGUGGGUGCUGGUGCGGUUGUGGUGGGUGCUGGUGCGGUGGAGGUGGUGGGUGCUGGUGCGGUGGAGGUGGUGGGUGCUGGUGCGGUGGAGGUGGUGGGUGCUGGUGCGGUGGAGGUGGUGGGUGCUGGUGCGGUUGUGGUGGUUGCUGGUGUGGUGGCUGUCUUGGCACUAAGAGAGGAGGAAUCUUCAGCAGCGGUUGCUCAGCGCCCUGCUGGAAAAGUGGCUGCUGCUGCUGUGGCUGCUGCUGCUGCUGCUGCUGCGUCUGCUGCUGCUGCGGAUAAUACUUCUGUUGCUGCUGAUGCGGUUGUUGGUGAUGGGGCGGAGGGGCAGGGGGAGGAUGAGAAGGAGGAGGAUGAGCAAGGGGAGGAGGACUGGGGAGAGCGGAAGGAGAGGGUAAUACCGGUGUGGGUGGAAGGCUGUAGCUGUGUGGCUGGUAUGCUGGGUGGUGUUGGCGGGUGA